CCCAACAGCUGUUGGGCUCCUGGACCUGCAGCCAUCAAAAUGGAGACUGGAGUGUUGGAUACAAGCAACGCUUCUUCACCAGACAGUGACAGUCUGGUGCUGGACUCUGACCUGUAUGAUGUGGACACUUACGAUGUCCCAGACCCUGGGUUGCUUUCAGAAAAGGAUGAGUUGUGUUCCGUGGAGCGGCUGCAGGGCCUGCAGUUCUUUACCGGCAACGAGCGAUGGCAGACCCUGCCCCUGCGAACUCGCGCCCGCCGCCUGUGGCUGGUCCUACGCACCCACCUCCACGACAUCGUGGAAAAGGAGAAAAGAGCAGAGCUGCGCGUGGCUCGCUUGACGCACGGGCUGGAGCCAUUGCGCCGCCUGGAGGUGGAAGGCGGCCUGUGCUCCGUGGCGCAGGAUGCAGUGGGCGGACGCUUCGUGGUGCUGGAUGGCACAGGUCGCCUGCACCAGCAUACAAAGGACGGCUGGGUGCAGAGGAAGUUGCAGGCCCCCGCGGCUCUUACAGGGUUGGUGGCUGUGCCAGACCCUCUGGGGGCAGUGGGCCGUUUUGUAGGCUGGGGCCCUGCUGGAUUGGCCAUACUACGGCAGGACCUCAGCUUGCUGUGGCUGAGCCAGCCAUGGGUGGGCAGGGCGCUGGGCCAGGAGCCCACUACCUGCCUGCCAGUGCCCAACCUGGGGCUGCUGCUCAUGGCCGAGGUGAGCGGCAGCCUGGCACUCUGGAAGUUCCGCUCAGGUGGUCGCCGCCUGGUGCCAUACGGGUUACCUCUGCAGCCGCCGCCAGGUCUGGCGGGCGCACUCCAGCGUCUGGCUCUGGGGCCCAUGUCUGCCCGCCACCUCAGGCACUGCUUUGCGGCCUACGGUUCUGCGGUGCUCACCUUUGACCUGGAUAACUGGGCUCUUGUAGAAGUGCACCAGGAUCUGCACAAAACCACCAUCUCGGACCUGGCAUGCUGCAAGGAGGUGGAAGCCAUGGUGACAGCUUCUCAGGACAGUACAGUGAAGGUGUGGGAGGCUGACUGGCAGAUCCGGAUGGUGUUCGUGGGCCACACAGGCCCGGUCACAGCUAUGACGGUGCUCCCGAACACCAUCCUGGUGGUGUCCGCCUCACAGGACGGGACGCUUCGAACAUGGGACUUGCAGUCGGCCGAGCAGGUGGGCGAGGUGGCUUUGGGCUACUGGUGCCAGGAUGCGCUGUCCGAACGCGUGAACCGCUUGCUGGCGCCAGCAGGCCCAGGCUGGCCAGUGCUCUCACUGUGUUCCAGCAGCGUGGAGCUGUGGCGUGUGCGCGACCUCUACUCGCCGUUGUCACAGCUGCCCGCCCCAGUGCUGCACUUACAGGUGGCGCCGGUGCUGCCGGCGCCGGCAGAACCUUCUCUGCCCGCGCGCCUCGUUUGCGCGUGCGCCGAUGGGUCGGUCUACCUGGUGUCAGCUGCGACGGGGCGCACGGUGAGUGCGCUACUGCUGGAGCCCGAGGACUGCGCGGCCGCAGUGGCCUACUGCCUGCCGCGCGAGGCGCUGUGGGUGCUAACCCGCGCAGGGCACCUGGUGCGCGCCAACGCGGCGCGCUGCCCCAUGGUCGUACUGCACCGUGUGUGCCCGCCACCGCCCCCAGCGCCUCAACCCUGCAGCCUGCACCUCUAUUGCCACCUCAUAGACCCAGUUAUGGCGUUCCACUGCUGGGAGAUCGUGCGUCAGCACGGGGGCGACCUGCGUCGCAGCGGCGUCGCCUGGUCCUGGAAGAACAAGAAUAGGUACCUGCCGGUGGUAGGGCACACCGACGGCGCGCUGUCAGUGCUCGAUUGGCGCUCAUCGAAUACCAUCUUUCACACGGAAGCGCACAGCCCAGGACCGGUCACCGCCAUUGCAUCCACCCGGAACAGCGUCGUGUCUUCGGGAGGAGACCUGACAGUGAAGAUGUGGCGGGUCUUCCCCUACGCUGAGGAGAGCCUGAGCCUGCUGCGGACCUUCUCCUGUUGCCACCCUGUCGUGAUGCUCUGUGCUCUGGGCAAACGCAUCACUGUAGGCUUUGAGGACCCGGAGAGUGCCACCUAUGGCUUGGUGCAGUUUGGCCUGGGUGACAGACAUCGCUUUGACCACCGGCCCCAGGAUGAUCCCAAGGACCACAUCACUGGCCUGUGCUGCUGCCCCACACUCAAGCUGUAUGCCAGCUCCAGCCUUGACUGCACCAUUCGAAUCUGGACCUUGGACAAUCGCCUACUGCGGCUCCUGCAGCUGAAUGGUGCCCCUCAAGCUCUGGCCUUCUGCAGCAAUGGUGGAGAUCUGGUGCUGGCACUGGGCUCCCGCCUCUGCCUGGUGUCUCAUAGGCAUUACCUGCCCACAGCCUAUCUGGUUAAGAAACUGUGUCGGAAGGCCCCUGAUGUGGUGGAUGACCCUCCGCUGCCACUAAGCAACCAUGAGUCACUGACGUCCUCCCAGCUGCAGAAGCUCACCAACCUGCAUGGGGCAGACAGCCUCAGUGUGGCCUUGCCCUUCACCCAUCGCCAGACACCAACACUUCAGCAGCCACUGUUGGAGGAGGACUUAGAAGCACUGGAGGCCCGGGACCAAGAUCUUCAGCAGUUAACGCAAGGGCUGGUGGUCCCAGUGGCCCGGCCCCUACCCUCCUGGAAGCAGCGCCAGGAAGCUUUUGACAAUUACCUACGUCUAAUCUAUGGCUGUGGCCUGCUGGAUAUACAGUCCAGAAUGGAUUCCCAGCAGGGGAGCACCUUGACCCUCACCAAGGAGAAAGAGCUCCAGGACACGUGCACCCUGCCCAGUGCUGCCUCCGGCUUUAGGGAGGCUAUAGUCAGCACUGAAGCUCAGACGUCUAUGGCCCCUCUCCUCCAGGCCCUGGGGACUCCAGGUCAGCAAUUUGCCUACCCUCCCCGAGUUGCCUUGCCCAUUCCACCCAUCCACCGGGACAUGCACAGCAAGGCAUCCCAGCUUCUAGCCUGUUCUUCCCUGAGCUGUGACCUGGGCCUCAGUCUAGAUCUGCAGCUUCAGUCAGGGCAGCUCCAAGGGAAGAUGGCUGUGGUCUUGGACACACCAUCCUCCUUCAAACAGAAAAAGGUCCCACUAUUGCUAAAGAGAGAGCCCAAGGAACCUCUCUUGAACCUCAGUGGCUUUUUUCCUGCCACCACAAAACCCUACAAGUACUACCCACGGCCCAUCAGCUUCCCUGGCUAUGUGCCCAACUCCAUGGUACUGCAGCGGAUGUGGCUGCAUCAAGAAUCAGGUAGCGAGGAUAGCGAGUGGCUGCGGCGUCACAGGCGGUCUACCUCCAGGUGGCAAAGGAGGCUGACUCAGUGGCUUCGUGGGCAGUCUGAAGAGGACGAGGAGGAAGAGGAGGAGGAGGAACAGGAGCUGGAGUUUGUCUGGUCCUCAUCUUCCCUGUACUCUGACCAGCAGCAAGAUUACUCAGAGCAAGAGGCUCAGGAUUGGUGUCUCCAACCCAGAGGAAAGAUUGCCAAGAUCCCGACCUACUUCGGCUCCCUGUUCCGCUACAAGCACUCACCCUUGGAAGAGCGCUAUGGGCAUCUGCCAGAGUUCCUGCAUUUUUUCAUUGUCCAGAACUGGUUCAAAAAGCUUUUCCCCCUCUUCACCCUGGAGGCCUCCCCAGAGAUGGGCACAGUGGAAGGCCUGGCCUCGAGGUUGGUGGACAUCCUGGCAGAGACUACCUGGGCAGACCGUGUGCAUAUCCUGCAUGCAUUACUGAGGUUGGUGCCUGAUGUGAGCCGUGAACUCCACAGCCGGCUGCAAGGCAGCAUCUUGCACUUGCUCAACCUGGAGCAGCCCCCUACCUUCCAGGAUGAGAUACAGAAGCAGUUUGUGAUUCUGGCGCUGCAGCUGCUCCUGGCCUGCUCCCUAGAGUCCCGGGAUGUGGUGCUGGAGCUCAUGUCCUACUUCCUCUACUCUCCAGACACCUACCGACCAGAGAUCAAGAAACUGCUGGAUGGGCUGGGCCUCCAAGACCUGCAGGACUUCCUGUCCAAGGAGAUGCUGACCUGGGUCCAGGGCCCAGACCUCAACUCCAAGGCCGUGGUGCGCACACGUUGCUGCCAGAAGCUGGAGGACAUGAUCCAGCAGCUGCAGACCUCGGCACUGUUGUCUCCCAGGGAGGCCAUGUCGCGGGCUUCCUUGGUCUCGGGGGCGCGCUUGAGUAUCCCUUGGACGACCCCGCGCCCCUCGGAGGCGUUCUGGCGCGACUCGGAAGUGCCUUUACUGGUGGUGUCGCCUUCGGAGUCGGAGACACUGGGCUACGAGCUCCAGGUCCGGCGCACGCUGGCGCAGUUGCACACCAGGCGGACCAAGGAACCGCUGUCCGAGACGCUGCAGCGCUUCUGCUCGGUGUCGGAUGCCUUCUUGCCGGCCACGCUGCGUAGCGAGACAGUGCCGCUCGAGAAGACCGAGUGGUCGCAGUCGCAGAUUGUAGACCUGCGCCCCGUCGACGCGCUCAAUUUGUUCUGCGAGCGGGCGGACCAGCAGAGCUCGAUGCAGGAGGAGGCCGGGCCUUGCUCGCCGCCGCCCGCGUCCCCACUCCCGCGCGGGCAGGUGCCCAACACCGUGGUGCGACCGCCCAGGGAUCGCUGGCUCUACCCUAUCCUCCGGCUGCAGGAGUCCAGGGCUCCGCGCUCUUGGAUGAGGGGCCACCGGCUGUCCCGCAUCGGCACCGGCCGCACCCGGAAUCUCGACUGCUCAAUCCAGGUGCUGAAGCUGCCCUUGCCCAGGGUGGAGCUGCAGCCCUUUCCCCCGGGCUGGCCGGCGCCCGCCCGAGCGCUGCCGCCCCGGCUCCUGCAGCCCGCCCUGCAGCGCUACUUCCUGCCUGAAGACGCGGACCCAGACACGUACCGCUGA